AUGAAUUCGCAGCUGAAGGAAUGGGUCAAGGACAACGGGUCCGCAGUGCAGAAGGAGGAGAAUUUCACCAUCUAUGAGUUAAAAGUUAACGUGAAGCACGAAGACUUGGAGAACAAGGUCCGCGUGGUGACGGUCGGCCCCGAGAACGACCUCGAGACGAAGACGGUGCUGCUCCUCGGAGAGACCGGGGUCGGGAAGACAACGUUCCUCAACACGUUCCUCAACAUGGUGUUCGGUGUUGGGUUGGAGGACGAGCUCCGCCUCCAGUUCAAGGACCAGAUGGACCAAGCGAAGGACUCGACGCAGAGCCAGACCGAGUACACGACGGCCUUCACCAUUUACCGCCAGGAGGGGAUGCCUCAGCCCUUCAACUACAUGGUGAUCGACACGCCGGGCCUGGGAGACACCGAGGGGGACCAGAAGGACCAGCUCAGGUUCUACCUGACCAACGAGGCCUGGAUUAAGCACCUCAACUGCGUGGGACUGGUGUGGAAGGCAUCCAAUCGACGGCUGGACGAGCACAAUCAAGCAGUUCUCUCAAAGAUUAACAGUCUUCUGGGAUUUGACAUCAAACCAAUCACCGAUGUUUUACUUACAUUUUCCGGCACAGAAGAUCCUGCGGCAGUCCAGAUUAUAGAAGCUGCUGGAAUUGACUAUAAGAACGCUUUUCAUUUCGAGAACAUGCCUCUUUAUAAGUGUCCGGCGCAGGCCAUGGGUGCAUUGCAUGCUCUGACUUGGGAAGCCAUGGCAUAUAACCACAGCCGAUUUAUCAACGAACUGAAUCAGAGGCAGCCUCAGGAGCUGAAGAUCACAGCACGACUUCUCCUCGCGCAAGCCAAACUUGGGGAGGUGCAGCUGCGUGUAAUGUCGCUCGGGGAGAGUUCGGCUCUGACUUCGGACCAAUUGCAAAGUCAUCAAGCAAAGAUGAACGAUCUUGAAGCAAUGGCAGCAAAGGUAGACUGGGAUAAGACAGAGGAACUUGAUACAAGCAGCGAAGAGAUUGUGUUAGGACGACGGCCGACAUUGCCACUUUUGCAAUCUGUGCCAGAGAGUGUGUGUACAAGUGUGCUCAGACGACCAUCAGACAGCAAAGGAUCAUUCUGA